AAAUGGGCAGAUCGCUCCUUUUCCUGGCCUUCGCUCCUUCGCUCUUGCUUCAACAGUGAUUGAACAGAGCAGGAUCGCGGCCGCCGCCCCAUCAUCUUCAUCCUUAAGCCAGCCAGUCCAGUCGCCGAUUUGCACCAUGAGUUCCCAGGUCCGCCAGAACUACGACGCCCAGAGCGAAGCCGGAGUGAACCGCUUGGUCAACCAGUUUCUCCAUGCCAGCUACAACUACCUGUCCCUGGGUUUUUACUUCACCCGGGAUGAUGUGGCCUUAUCCAAGUUCUCAUUCUUCUUCCGGCACCUCUUUGAGGAGAAGCACGAACAAGCAGAGAACCUCCUGACCUUCCAGAACUGCCGUGGAGGCCGAGUUGUCCUGCAGGAUGUCAAAAAACCAGAACGUGAUGAGUGGACCAACGGAGCUGCUGCCAUGGAUGCAGCCCUUCAGCUGGAGAAGAAUUUGAACCAGGCUCUGCUGGACUUACACAAGGUUGCCACCAGCCACACAGAUCCCCAUCUGUGUGACUUCCUGGAGACCCAUUUCCUGGAUGAGGAGGUGAAACUGAUCAAGAAGCUUGGGGACCACGUGACCAACCUCAAGCGUGUGCGUGCCAAAGACGAGGGCCUUGGUGAAUACCUCUUUGAUCGUCUCACCUGGGAGAGUCCAGUGACUGAAUCCAGAGAUGCUGGUUCCCUCCCGACUCCUGCAGCCUCGUCCGCCAGAAGUGUGUUCUGCUUUGUGUUAUCCUGUUCUCUCGAAAGCUGGCUGCUUAAUCAGUGAGCCUCUGUAAUCCUGUCCCCAUCUACAGGGAGGGAAAAGUCUAUAACUGGCAUUAAAUUAAAUAAACCAAAAAAUGGUUGUGACAAGGAGAAACAGAGAAAAGCAACAACACAUUUUCUUGCAGUGGCAGAAAAUCUAAAACUUUCUGUACCAAGGACACUUGCUGCACCAAGCUGUGGCAGUCAUUUUUCUAAAACAAACAGACAAACAGACAAACAAACAAACAAACAAACACUGCAUUGUUGAAAACUGACAGAAGAAAGAGGCUCACUCCAUCCUGAACUCUCUCCUCCCAAAAGUGCCCCUGAAAUUAUGAUAUUUUCUGAUGUAGCAAAAUUCAAAUGGAGGUAUUGCGAAGGAGUGGCCCAUCAGCUUCCAAUUACAGCUACAUCACCACUUGGAAAAAACAACUCUCAAGGAACUCCACUGCUCCUGCCACCACCACUUAUCUGACCACUUGAACUGAUUGUUACUUAGAAUUUUACUUGUCCCUAAGAACUGAGCAAAAACACUGUCCAGCUCCUGCAGCUUGCAGAGCAGCAUUUUCAGCUUAAUAAUAUGACACUGUCCUUAUGAUUUAGUCUUGUGAAUAAAUAAAGCAUUGCUUGAAUGUUUUUCCUUCUUUGAGAAUAGAGCUGCAUGUCUAAUAUUGGCUGGAACACAACAGUAAUAAGACAAAUUGCAUUCCCUUCUAAUAUGUUUAGAUCUUAACUGCUUGAGGAUAAACACAGGAAGUAUACUAUUUUUAUACUUUUGAUUUGUAUUAUCUUUCUAAUUACACCCUGGACUAUAACAAUUAGGUGUAUUUGGUAAUAUUUGAAGGAAUUAAUCCAGGUUUUACAGAUAAGUGAAUCAGCCUGUACAGUCUUCCAUUUAUGGAUUAAUUCCACACUCCUUUUUUAAAAGUAUUGACUCAGUGAAAUGUGCUUGUGAGUAAUUCCUUCCUAUCAGACUCAUUAAAUGAAAUUAUUACUUUCAAUAAGCUAAAUUGCUUUUUU